ACCUCGGCGUCCCUGGAAGUGGCUUCUCCGACUGGGACAAAGGACAAGUGUGUGUAGUGUGAACUGUGCAGGUGAAGGGAGCGGAGAGGCACCGAGUCCCGGCUUGGAAUCAUGGCAGACGCGACCAAAGAUACCAGUGAAGUUGACUUUCCGACAAUCUUUCAAAGUGUUGAUGCAAUGGAUCCAAGUGCCAAAUACAACAUGAAGCACAGCAGGCGAGGUGUUGCCCUGAUCUUCAACCAUGAGCACUUUUACUGGUAUCUGGGAUUGCCCAACAGAGGAGGCACAAACGAGGACAGAAUUAAUCUGGAAAGAAGGUUACGAGAUCUCGGUUUCGAUGUGUCUGUGUACGACAACCUCAAAUCAAUGGAAGUGUUGGAGACCAUUCACAAAGUGGCCACUUCAGAUCAUUCUGAUGCCGAUUGCUUCUUAUGCAUCUUUCUCAGUCAUGGGGAGAACAAUCAUAUCUAUGCUUAUGAUGGAAAGAUAAACCUGCAAGAAUUAACUGCCCGCUUUAGAGGAGACAAGUGUUCUUCUCUCGUGGGGAAACCUAAAAUAUUCAUAAUUCAGGCAUGUCGAGGAGAUAAACGUGAUGAUCCAGUGAUGCCCAGAGAUGAGGUUGAUUCAAAGAUGAGUGAAGAUUCAGCAGUGAACGAGGUGGUUGUUGAUGCAGCAACUGUACCCACACUACCAGCUGGAGCUGACUUUGUAAUGUGCUAUUCAGUAGCUGAAGGUUUCUACUCCCAUCGUGAAAUUAUAAAUGGCUCUUGGUAUGUUCAGGAUCUCUGCAAGUUACUCGAGAGCUAUGGCUCACAGCUCGAAUUCACGGAGCUCCUGACGCUGGUGAAUAGGAAGGUCUCAUGGCGAAGUGUGCUUAACUUUGCUGAUCGUACUGCAAUAGGGACGAAACAAGUCCCCUGCUUUGCCUCGAUGCUGACAAAGAAACUGUAUUUUGAACCAAAGACUUCAUAGUAGUUCAUAACUUGCUUCCUUAGCUGUCUGGUUUAUUGGGACAAAGCAGUUUCUAAAACAAAAACAGAUUGAAUCGUUAUUAAACACAGAUUCUAAAUGUGAGCUUUUGUAGAACUAUUUUUUUUAAAUUAAAGGACUAUUGGAAGUUCAACUGUAAACAUUGAGCAGUGAGCAGCAAAACUAGCAUUUGUCAACUUGUAUUUGGUACAUUUUGACCAUAAUGGUAAAUGCUUUACUGUACAAUCAUAAAAUAUGGUUUACAUAAUUGGUUAACCAAAGGCUAUCUUACUCUUCUGUCCAAUUGUUGAGUUUAUAUCUGGAAUUAUGUGCAACUUUAAAUAAAAAAUCAAAAUCACAUGGUUCUACCCUUUUGAUUAAACUUGAUUAGUGUGUUGCUCAAAUGGUCAUAUGCUCCAAUUAACUUUAGAAGAAGUCUUCCAUACUUAUGAAGGGCAAUUAAAUACCAGCUUUUGAUAGGUUUAAGAAGGAACUGCAGAUGCUGGAAAAAUCAAAAGUAGCCAAAAAAUGCUGGCGAAACUCAGCGGGUGAGGCAGCAUCUAUGGAGAAAAGGAGUAUUGAGGCCGUGGGGGUCGGUGGUAUCGGUGAGUCAGUGAAGGUCGGUGGCAGCGGCCUUCAGUCUGAAGAAGGGUCUCGACCCAAAACGUUGCCUACUCCUUUUCUCCAUAGAUGUUGCCUCACCGCUGAGUUUCUUCAGCAUUUUUUGUCUAUUUCAAGCUUUUGAUAUGGUCAUGUAGGAUCCACAUCUACCUAUGUUAAUUAAGUUCAUUUAAAAAAGGAACUAAGGGUUUUUUAAAUUAAGAAAAGGUGUUUUUCUAGUUAUAUUCUUUUCAGAUCUGGGGCUUUUAGUACUGGUGCUCAUGUUAUUUUCUUCCCCCCAAUACUCUUGAGUGCAGCACGAAUCAACUCAUUUGGUCACGUAUGUGACUUUACCUUGGUGUGAGUUUUGCUGGUUAGGGAACCAUUCUGGUGCAGGAUCUCAGGCAACCUUUCUGUCCCACAUUCAUUUUUCCUUACUCUUUGUAAACAUUUGUGAGGAAGAUAAAGCCUUGAAACCAAUUUCAAAGUAAGUGAACUUGGAAUUAAUGUGAAGUGUAUUGUGUAUUUUUGUUUAGUUGCAAGUCAGACAUAUUGUGAAUGUUGGUGUGUUUCACGUGUAUAAUCUUGAACAAUUUUAAAUAAACGAUGGAUCAAUCAUCUUUGAUA